CUCCGUGCCGUGUAACAUUGGACCCUGCCACCAACCAUCCUAACCUGGUGCUCUCCAAGGACCUCGACGCUGUACAUUUGGUCGAAAACCUGGAGGAGGAAGUUCCCGACGGGCCCGAGAGGUUCAGCAAGUCUGUAUGCGUGCUGGGUGCGCAGGGUUUUACGUCAGGGCGCCAUUACUGGGAAGUGGGAGUGGGCAACAAAACCAGCUGGGACAUUGGUGUGGCCAAGGAAUCGGUCAACAGGAAGGAAGCCAAAGUGACGGUCAAGCCCAGCAAUGGAUUCUGGGCCAUCUGGCUGCGGAAUGGCAGUGAAUACAAGGCGCUUGAUUCUCCCUCUAAGCAGCUGGCCCUCAAGACCAAACCUCUGAAAGUGGGGGUCUACCUGGAUUACGAAGGGGGACAGGUCUCUUUCUACAACGCUGACACCAUGGCCCACAUCUUCACCUUUUCUGAUGCCUUCUCCGAGUGCCUCUACCCCAUGUUCAGCCCCGGGUUCAAUAAGGACGGACUAAAUGCUGAACCCCUCCGCCUCCUGUCCCCAUUGCCAUAG